GCGCAUCUCGGCACUUCCGUUCGGCUCCUCACCGAGAACGCCGAGACGGGGGCAGACCAACCGCGCCACCGGCGGCCGACCAUGAAACUCCCGCCCGCGCCCACCACCAAGCCGGCGCUCCCCUGGAUCUCCCCGCUCCAGUACCGCAGCCCCGCCCACGGCGCGCCGCCCUCCCCGCCGCCUCCUCCGCCUCCUCCCGCUCCCUCCCCUCCGCCGCCGCGGUACCUCCACCACCCGGAGCUCGCCCGCCUCAUCGCCUCCUCCGCCUCGGCGCAGCGCGCGCUCGACCUCUUCAACGCGGCCUCCUCCCAGCGGGGCUUCUCCCACACUCCGGCCACCUUCUCGGCGCUCCUCGUCCGCCUCGCGCGCGCGCGUCUCCCGCGCGCCGCCGCCGCCGUGCUCCGCCGCGCGGCCUCCGCGCCCUGCCGGUUCCUGGAGCCGCAGCUCCUGCCGCUCGCCCGCCUCCUCCCGCCCGACCACGCGCUCGCGCUGCUCCGCCUCCUGCCCGCGCUGCUCGGCAAGACCCGCGUCUCGCACAAGGCGCUCGCCGUCUGCCUCGACCGCCUCGUCUCCUCCCGCGGCUGCCCUAGCGUCCUCGACGAGCUCCUCGCUGACCUGCGCGAUCCCCGCAACAAGUACCUCCCCAGGCCCAACACCUGCGUCUACAACAUCCUCAUCAAGCACUAUGUCAAGAGUGGCGAGCUGGAGACCGCGUUCAAAGUGCUCGACGAAAUGCGCGAGCACACCUGUGCUGACGUGAAGCCAAACUUGGUCACCUAUUCGACCUUGAUCGGUGGGCUAUGCCGUGGGGGUAAGAUGAAGGAAGCGUUUGGACUGUUUGAGGACAUGAUCGAGAAGGACCGCAUUGUGCCUGAUCAGCUGUUGUACAAUGUAAUCAUCGAUGGAUUCUGCAGGCUGCGGCAGGUGGAGAAGGCGCGUGCCAUCUUUGGAUUCAUGAGGAAGAACGAGUGCGAGCCAAAUGCCUUCAACUAUGCCACUCUGAUUAAUGGGCACUGUAAGAAAGGGGACAUUGAGGCAGCGAGGGCGGUGUUUGAGGAGAUGAGGAGUGCUGGUGUGGAGCCUGAUGCUGUCAGCUACACGGCACUGAUUGGCUACCUUUGCAGACAUGGGAGCGUGGAUGAGGGUAUCAAUCUUGUUCUAGAGAUGAAGGAGAAGGGUUGUAAGGCUGAUGUUGUCACAUACAAUCUGGUGGUCGAGGGCCUGUGUAAAGAUGGGCGAACGGUGGAGGCAUUGGACCUGCUGGAGAGCGUGCCAUUGGAAGGAGUUCAGUUGAAUGUCGCAAGCUAUCGGAUUGUGAUGAAUUGCCUGUGCUCCCGUGGGGAGCUGGAUAAGGCAGUUGGAUUGCUGGGAUUGAUGCUUGGACGAGGGUUUGUACCUCACUAUGCAGCCUCAAACAACCUGUUGAUUGGUCUAUGCAAUGCUGGGCGUGUAGCAGAUGUGACAAUGGCAUUGUAUGGAUUGGCUGAUGUGGGCUUUAUGCCAAAGGCUAGUUGUUGGGAGAGGCUUGUUGAGACUGUAUGCCGGGAGAGAAAGCAAAGGAGAUCUACUGAGCUACUAGAUGUCUUGAUUGGUGUAUGUUGAGGAAAUGAAGUCACAGCAGCAUGGAUUGGUUGACUAAUUUGAUAACCCAAAGGAAGACAAUAUUAGAGCCAGGUGCGAAGAUCUCUUUGAUAAUGCAGUGAUGAUACUGGUAAGAAAUCACGUCUGCAAAAUAUGAACAAGCACGGAUGUCUCGAAUAUAAGAAUCCCCCCCCCCCCCCCCCCCGACCUGGGAAUUUGGGCUACUUCCCUUUUCCAUUACACAGUGGAAAUAACAGCAGCCUUACAGGACUGGAUGCAUGUUCAGCAAGGAAUAAAAGGCUGCAAGGCCUUUCAGCUAACAGCAAGCAACAGGACCUAGCACAAACUUCUCUUUCAGAAUUCAGAACAAGCUACUGCAUCCAAAAGAUAUCAGCCAUCAAUAGACAAGGUCCAUUAGCACCUUAGGCUAACCUUCGUCAUUCUCUAUUCUCCAGAAAGUUGUCAUUGGGGAGGUAGACAGGUAGUCCAGCAUGAGGCAGGGCACCGGGUUGGCACUGGGAGGAACCUGCCUUGUCGUUGUCAGCUCUGGUAAACAAUGAUGCAGUAUAGGAAAUAACCUGCUACGAUGAGCAGUGCCGAUGAUGAAGCCGGUUUGGAUUACAUCAAAAGAGUUUUUUUUUGGGAACUUCCUUUACUGCAGAAUCGAGGGGUGUCCUUCAAAAUCGAGGGAACAAUUAUGCUUUUUUAUGACCGCAUAAAGGGCGCCUCCCACGAUAAUUUCCCCAUUUUUUCACUUAAUUCAUGGACUUGGUGCUAAUGUAAUCGACUCCUUUCGAGGUAACACAGGCAUGGCCCAAGAUCAUUUCUUGAUGUUCAGGUUCAA